AUGUCUGCUACCUCGGAAACAGAACUGUCUCUGUACGACAGAACCAAACCCAAUUACAGAAAACACUAUGUCCCACUCGAAUCAGACCCAGAGAUCUUCACAGAUUUGAUCAAGAAUCUGGGUGUGCAAGGGUACGAGUUCCAAGACGUACUGUCACUGGAAGACCCGGAUCUUCUCGCCUUCAUUCCUCGACCAGUCCUCGCAUUUGUUUUUGUGUUCCCCACGUUGGACGAGAUUGAAAAUCGUCUCAAGGAUGCAGAUGCUCAUAGGAAGGUCUACGAAGGCAAGGGAGAGGAGGAACCUGUAAUCUGGUUCUCUCAAAGCAUUCAAAAUGCGUGCGGCUUGUAUGCCAUAUUGCAUGCUGUGUCCAAUGCCAUCCCCCGGUCGAGCAUUCAGUCCGGAUCACCCCUUGAUAAUUUACUGAAGACAUGCAUCCCGCUGGGUCCGUAUGAACGAGCAUUAGCGCUGGAGGCAUCGAGCGAAAUCGAAGCCGCCCACGCAGCUGCGGCUAAGCGCGGCUCGUCAGAAGCACCCGCGGCGGAAGAUGAUGUAGACGACUUCCACUAUAUCUGCUUCGCCCGCUCGCCCAAGAACAAUCACAUCUAUGAGCUGAAUGGAACCGUCAAAGGGCCCAUUGACACGGGUGUCGUGCAAGAGAGCGAAGAUCUCUUGUCCGCCGCGGGUAUCGAGCUCGUGAAAAACUAUAUCAAACAAGGGGAUGGGAACUUGGGCUUCAGCCUGAUGGCGCUUGUGGCGACGAACUGA